AAUCAGACAGACAGACAGACAGACAGACAGACCUUCGGUAAGCGAUGUCCAAAACGAAGGGCGGUGUGACUGUGCUGCCGGCGUUGGUACUGGCCGGAGUGGUGCUGACCACGGGGGCGAUCGCAGCUGACGCUGACUCCACAGCCUGGCCAUGGACCACAGCACCGGUACAUAAAGGAUUGAACCUGCGUGGAAAGAUGUUCACUCUGACUCAGCAAAGUGGAAUCGUUCUCUACUCUCCCUCCUUCUCUCCCUCCCCCUCCCCUUCUUAUUCAACCCACCCCUACCCCUCCCCUUCUUAUUCAACCUCCUCUUACCCCUGGAGCACACCGACCCCCACUAGAGGAGUCUCUAUGUGUCUGCGUUACAUCACCGAGGAACAGUACAACCAACACAUCUUCACCCUCAGUCCGUACAGCGGCUCCUCCAGGCUGGCCCUUUCAGUCACCUCCGCUACCGAGUACCAGCUGACCCUGGGAGAGGGGUACUACUACUCAACCGUCACCUUCAGGUCCCUCAGGCGCUUCUGGUCCACCGUUGACCCCGACUUUUGGACCAGCGUGUGUGUCAUCGUGGACAGCGUGAAGGGGGUCGCCCAGAUAUUUAACGGCAGAUACAUAAGCAUCAGAAAGAGGCUGCCGGUGAAGUAUGUGUGGACAGGUCCCCCUGUGGUGGACAUUUCACAGUUUGAGGGUCAGCUGACCGACGUCCAGGUGUGGGACUAUCCUCUACCUUAUGGAGACAUAAGGAACUACAUGCGCCACGGCUUCUACCGGUCUUACCAGGGCUCUGCCCUCACCUGGUUCCAGAUCAGCUACACCCCCAACAGAGACGUGCUGCUGGAGGACGUCUACGACAACUUGGAGGUGCAGUCAGCGGGGAGGGGGGACAGGCCACUGGAGGAGAGGAGGAGGAGGAGGAGGAAGUUUUUCUGCGAGGAUGAGAAGAAGUGCAGGGAGGGAGGAAGGCUUUAGGAAGACAGAACAAUUCGUCAUAGAGAAACAGAAGGAGAGAAAGUUGGAGAAUCUUUUUUUUUUUUUGUGUAGCAUUUUUAGCAGUCAGUUGAAACCACCGGUUUGGCAGACACAAAGUUUGUUGGAUGAAAAACACAAACUGAUGGAAAUAGUGACUCAACACAUAUCUACUUUAGCACAGAAGCGUUAGUCAUUAGUUUCUAUUUCAUGUUCAAAACGAGAUGGUUUUCCGGUUGUGAGUUGUAACGCACAAAACCUGUGUGGUCAUGAAGACUUGCUGUCGAGGAGAAACUCACAUGAGGGUCAGUCUGAACAGUUACAGCAAACAGCUACACGAUAAGAUGAGAUGAGAGGAGCUGAGCUGAGCUUUAUUCAUCUCCGAAGGGAAAAUCAGGUGUAGAUAGCAGCAAGGAGGGUAAAACAAGACAUUAACAGGGCAGAGUAACACAGAUAGAUAGAUAGAUAGAUAGAUAGAUAGAUGGACAGAUAGAUCGAUAGAUAGAUAGAUAGAUAGAUAGAUAGAUAGAUAGAUAGAUAGAUAGAUAGAUAGAUAGAUAGAUAGAUAGAUAGAUAGAUAGAUAGAUGGACAGAUGGACGGAUAGAUGGAUGGAUGGAUGGAUGGAUAGAUAGAUAGAUAGAUAGAUAGAUAGAUAGAUAGAUAGAUAGAUAGAUAGAUAGAUAGAUAGAUAGAUAGAUAGAUAGAUAGAUAGAUAGAUAGAUAGAUGGAUGGAUGGAUGGAUGGAUGGAUAGAUAGAUAGAUAGUAGAGGUCAGUCGCCUCGGGAUCAGAACAGUACUAAACCUAACAUUAAUACUAACAAUACUAAACAACAUCAUAGAUGAGAUCAGCAUCUACACAUAUACUCUGCAUAUAUAUGCACACACACACACACAUAUGUAUAAUAUAUGUAUAUAUAUAUAUGUUGUAUAUAUAUACAUAUAUGUGCAGAAUAUAUGCAUAUAAAUACAUAUACAUACAUAUAUAUGCACACACACGUAUAAUAUAUGUAUAUAUACAUUGUAUAUAUACAUAUAUAUGCAUAUAAAUAAUACAUAUAUAUGCAUAUUUAUGCAGAAGAUAUGCAUAUGCAUAUAUGUGUGUGUGUGUGUGUGUGUGUGUGUGUGUGUGUUUGUGUAUACACACAUGACAUAGCAUAUACAGCACAUACACUCUACGGGCACUAUUCCUUAUCAUCAGUUCCAUAGAUACAAAGCAACUUGUACGUUUUAAGUAGGACGCAAUGUGCAAUAUGCAAGGUGACGUGUCGUGUGCAAUACGCAAUAUGUGAACAGCAGCAGCUUGUACGCUGAGCUCAGAGAACAGAACUAAAUGAAUUGAUUAUCGAUCAGCAUGUAUGUUCACAUUCCAUUAAAAACAAAUUCAGUGCAACGAUUAG